AUGAUGAAAAUGAGCGACGAAACGCCAGUCAGUUCUCUGGUUCUACCAGUGUUGAUCAGGCCGAUUUUGUCUCAGUUAGAGAAACGCAAUGUUUCUGCGUCGCAAACUCUACGGUCAGCAUUGUUUAAAACAGAAAAUACUCAUCCAGGGUUUGCGUAUAAUUUGGUUGCUGGAAUAAUGAAACAAGGUGAUAUUAGUAUUAAUAUGAAUGAGAGUGUAUUGAGACUUCAAGGAACAGUUUCUGAUCUAGAAGGUGGUGAAUAUAGGUUAAAUAGAUCUGAAGAUGCAUUUCAAGAAUUAAAUAAAAAGUCUAUGGCUUUAAAAAGAAUAUUAAGUCGCAUACCAGAUGAAAUCAAUGAUCGUAAAACCUUUUUGGAAACAAUUAAAGAGAUAGCUAGUGCUAUAAAAAAAUUACUUGAUGCAGUAAAUGAAGUAUCUGCAUAUAUUCCAGGGCCUAGUAACAAGCAAGCAUUAGAACAGAGAAAACGUGAGUUUGUUAAGUAUUCCAAACGGUUCAGUAAUACACUAAAAGAUUACUUCAAGGAAGGACAUGCCAAUGCAGUAUUUAUCAGUGCCUUAUAUUUAAUUCACCAAACAAACCAAAUUAUGAUAACCGUAAAAAGUAAAUGUGAAUAA